UCGUAACCCGGAAGUACUUAGUCAUUCUUUCCCACUUCAUAGCGGCGUGACCUUGUGCAACGCGUGAUUUCAUGAACGAACCUAUUUAUCGUAACCUUUAAUAGUUGUUUAUUUGAAAUGAUGGUGACGAUAACAUAAACUGUCAAUUUCUAACAUAGUCAAUAGUCAUAACUAGCAGCUAUGCUUUCUCUAUUCAAAUCCGCUCUUUUCGGAUUGGCCAACACUGGUAGAUCCACGGGGCUCCAAGGUGUCCUGCAGAGUCAUCGGAAGGUCCUGUCUGCUGGGAUGAAGACAUACGAGGUGCCUCCAGACUACAGCGAGGUUGUGCUACCUGAAAGACCCAAGCUGAAGUUUCUGAACAAGGUGCCCAACUUUAAGAAGGCGAGGAAGGAGAUGAAGAAGCUAAGAGACAUCCAGGGACCAGCCCAGACAGCCAACACCUUCACCAAGGGACAGUACGGCAUCGUGGCGCUGGGCGGGGGCUACCUCCAUUUUGGUCACAUGGAGAUGAUGCGUCUGACCAUCAACAGGAGGAUGGACCCUCGCACCACCUUCGCCCGCUGGCGUAUUAACGCCCCCUACAAGCCCAUCACCAGGAAGGGCCUGGGCCAGAGGAUGGGCGGGGGCAAAGGGAACAUAGACCACUACGUCACACCGGUGAAGUACGGACGGAUGAUUGUGGAGGUUGGGGGACGGCUGGAACUGGGCGAGGUGGAGCCUAUCCUCAAGGAAGUGGCCAAGAAACUGCCCUUCCCUGCCAAGGUAGUGUCUAGAGAGAGCCUGGCAGCCAUGCAGCAGGAGCAGCAGGACAUGGAGCAGAACAACCAGAACCCCUGGACCUUCCAGAGGAUCGCCAGGGGCAACAUGCUGGGGGUCAGGAGGGUCCUCAGCCCCUUUGACCUCCACAACCACGGGAAGUACAGCGGAAAGUUCCACAACCCGGGCAGGGUGUGAGGGAGUCGCCGUGGUGCCCUCAAAUACAUUUUAACAGCUGACUGCGCUUUGGAACAUGGCUUGCAUCCAAAAUGGCUGCCUAUUCCCUAUUCGGUGCACUACUUUUGACCAGAGUCCAGGUGCCAUGUCAGACACAGCCCAUGGAGCCAAAAUGGCUGCCUAUUUGCUGCACUACUUUUGACCAGAACCCGGGUUCCAUGUCAGACACAGCCCAUGGAGCCAAAAUGGCUGGCAGUCACGUAGAGAAUUCUCUCCUUCUGUGUGACUCCCUUAUUGGAAUGUAGCCUGUUACUUGUAUGUACCAGAUCAGUGAUUGGUGUUCAAUCAGGAAAUAAAGAUACUGUUUAAUCUGGAGCCAUCUGAAGAAUGAAAGUUACAGAUUGUGUGACAGAUUGACAUUUGAUGACAAACGUUGUUUAAAGGAUCAUUAUGUGCCGAUCUCUCCAACCAAAACAUUUGACCCCAUGAACCCUGGUCAUGUGAUGUUGUUAGACACCAAUAUGUCACUCAAGCCCAGUUUAUUUGUCAUAUGUACAGGAAAUACACAUGGUACACAGUACAAGGAAA